CUUUAACAGAAUUUAUAAUUUUGGUUUGUCAAACUAGGGUUUCUUGUUAUUGCCGACUACGUUUUUUGGAAAUAACUUGCUAUUGUGAAUGAAAAAUAGUUGAACUGGCAAUGCCUCUAAAAACGUGUGAGUGUGUGGCAACUGGAAAGCAAUUUCUAGAACGUGUAACGUCCAGAUAAUGACAAGAUAACAUAAUUAUCAGACAUAAAGAGAUAUUCAACUCAAUUUUCAUUGGAAGUGAGAACGCAAUGAGAAACAUCAAAACCUACCAAUCUUUAACAGUUCAUUGGAAUAAGUAGGCUUUGACGUUUCGCAAUUGGGAAACCCCUGUGGUCGGGCGAUACGCCGCUCUUUUAUAAAUCUUCAAAAUUUCACCACUUUAGCUUUACCACAGUCGUCAGCUGAUUAUGUGAACAUUGUGAAUGGCUGUGGUGUAAUUAAAAUGUUGGGUUGUGAACAGAGCAAUAAAUUAAUUGUAAACAAAAAGUUGAUGGAGCAGUUUAUGAGCGAAGCAUUCUUAGAGGCUAAAAGUGUGCUGGAGGCUGGAGAAGUACCCGUCGGCUGCAUUUUCCUAUAUCACGACAACGAGAAGAUUGAAGUUAUAGCGCGCUCGGGAAACAAUGUAAAUGCAACCAAAAAUGCUACACGCCAUGCGGAGUUUCUUUGUAUAGACAAAACUUUAGAGUUUUGUAAACAAAACGGCUUGUGUCAUUAUGAUGUUUUUCGAAAAAUUAGUGUUAUAGUCACUGUAGAGCCAUGUAUUAUGUGUUCAGCAGCAUUGCAUGAUUUGGGAGUAAGAGAGAUUUUAUAUGGUUGUGCUAAUGAUCGUUUUGGUGGCAAAACACUUGUGGAUGUGCCAUUUGUUACGAACAAAACGGACGGAGAAACUAAAGUAAAUGGUGGAGUUUAUGCUGACGAAGCUAUGAGUUUACUGAAAGAAUUUUAUAAAGGUCAUAAUCCCUCAGCCCCAUUAAUUAAAACGAAAAGAUGAUCAAUGCAUUAUACUGUUGGGAUAUCGGAUAUUAGAUACCAGAACGUGGUACAGGUCCAUGGUCACGUAUAUAAAUGUAUAAUUUAUUUAUAUUGUUAGAUGUAUGUAGCAAGUGCAGAUUUAUACAUUAACAAACUAAACAUAAUUUAUAAUAAACUAUAAUAACUAUUGAAAUUAAAUUAAACAUUAUAUUAUUACAACGGU